AUGAGUACGGACAAUUCCAUACUCGGACAGCAGACUUUUUCUCCGCCCCUACGCUCCCCAGGCUCUUCCAAAAGCAGCGUGAGACAUUCUUCCAAUGGCAGCAACGCAUCACUUCCAACCAUUGUUGAGGUUCCAGAAGAUGUUGUUACCCAAAGGGACCCAUACGUGAAGACAGGGUUUCGCGGCGUCCUGGAAUCUCCCUAUUGUACAGGUUUUGCUAUUCUUGCAGCUAUUGGAGGAUUCGCUCUCGGAUAUAAUCAGGGACUCAUGCCAAUCUCUCUCAUCACGGAACAAAUUGUUACCCAGUUUCCUCAGAUCGACCUCAAUUUCAUCGCCGCGAUAACCCAAUUGGGAGGUUUCUUGGGAGCAUUGAUAAUGGGAUCGGUUGCAGACCAUUGCGCGAGAAAGAGGUCAAUUGGCAUCGCAGCUGUCGUUUUCAUCUCCGGAUUCGUCUUUCAGACGAUUUCAAUGAAUUAUACCAUGCUGGUUGUAGCGCGAUUAGUCGGUGGUAUCGCCAUCGGGAUGCUUUCAGUGAUCACACCUAUCUAUAUCUCGGAGAUCAGUCCCCCGGAAAUCAGAGGCAGUUUGUUGGUAUUCAGUGAGUCUCUUCAUUCUCAUGCCUAUUUCACGGAUGUUCUAAUCGCUCUUGGAACAAUGGCAUCUUUCUGGAUCAGCGUCGCUACCGGGCACAUGGAUGGCGAGGAGAUUUGGAGACUUCCAUUUGUGUUUCUCGUAAUUCCAGGGCUGAUACUUGGGAUCGGUGCAAUUUGUAUGCCUUUCUCCCCUCGGUGGCUUGCAUCACGAUUUGAGAAUCAACAAGCCCUGUAUUGUCUAUCAAAACUUCGACAGCUUUGUCCCGACAAUUGCAAAGUCCAAAAUGAGUGGAUGGAGAUUCGUGUUGAAGUGGCCUACCAGCGAGAGAUUACCGAGGCUCGACAUCCAUUGCUCCAGGAUGAAUCGUACAUCAACGGCAUCAAACUUGAACUUCAAUUGUGGCUGGACUGCUUCAAGUCUCGAUACUGGUACCGGACUCACGUUGGCAUUGGCAUGAUGUUCUUUCAGCAAUUUGUGGGUAUGAAGGCUUUAGCUUACAAUGUUCCUAUUCUCUUGGGAACAUUAGGUGCAAGCAUCGAUAUACAGAUCGCCAUGCCUGGGAUCUUUGCCGCAGUGCACCUCUUGGGAGCGCUUACCUGUCUAUGGACAAUAGACACGUUUGGGAGAAAACGAGUACUCGUUUCCGGAUCGAGCUUGAUGCUUGUCUGCCUAAUCAUUAUUGCCGGGUUGAACAGCAAAUUCUCAGACAAUUGGUCCUCUCACCCUGAUGCUGGUUGGUGUUGCGUCGGAAUCUCGAUUCUCUGUAUACUAGCCUUUGGAGCAGGUUGGAGCCCGGUUUCAUGGGCCUUACCAUCUGAGGUUUUCCCAAGUACAUUACGAGUCAAAGGAGGUGCUUUGUCCGCUUGUUCUUACUGGCUAUAUGAUUUUCUUUCUAGCCUGAUCACCCGGAGCCUGUUCUCCAAGUCCAAGUGGGGAACAUAUGCUUUCUUUGCCGGCUUUUGUCUUCUUUCGGCUUUCUGGGCCGCCCAUUUCGUCCCAGAAACAACAGGCAGGGCACUUGAAGAAAUGUACAAGCUGUUCGGGGACAAUGAAGAGCAUGUCCGGGAGGGGCAGAAGAAAACGGACAUUCGAAGGACGUUAGCGAGUGAAUAUGCUCCAGAACUUUUCAUUAGCCCAGGGGGAACACCAACGAACGGAUUCAGAAUUGUAUAA